AUGCUGGCUGCCGCCGCCGCCGUAGCUGGUGCGCUGCCACCCAUGCCGGACAGCCUCGCCGAGGCGGCGAACGCCGUCCGCGAGGAGGGCCGCUCGACCUGGGCAGCCUACUACAAGCACGCACGCGGCUUCGACUCGCUCAGGCCCCUCUCGCACCGCGGCGUCAACGACUGGGGCUCCGUGGGCAUGAUGGCGAUCGACUGUUUGGACACCCUCUGGCUGAUGAACCUGACGGCCGAGUUCAAGCAGGCGCGCUCGAUCGUCGAGGAGAUUGAUUACACGCCCGCCGGCCGCGAGGCGCGGUCGGUCUCGACUUUCGAGAUGACGAUCCGCGGCCUGGGCGGGCUGCUCUCCGCGCAUGCACUUUCCGGCGACAGGCUCUUCCUCCGCAAGGCGGAGCAGCUCGGGGAGGCGCUCAACACGGCCUUUGUGCCUGGCCGCUUCCCGCUGCCUUCCGUCAGCCUCAAGAAGCCAGGGGCAGGGCUCCCGCCGCUGACUUCGCGACUCAAUGACGCGCUAUGA